AUGGCUUCCCUCUCGAGUCCCAUCCAGGGUCCCUCCCUCCUCGCCCUGCUUGGCUGGGCGCCUAUAAAAUGCUCGUUCCCUCCCCUCUAUCAAUGUCCUCAUAGUUCCUCAAUUCUCUUCUCAUCUGUUAUUCCCGACUCCCAAAUCGACCUCGCGAACCUUGCUGCUCGUGUUUCUAGAUUCCACUCCUGGUCAUUCAUCUUUGCUUUCCCAAAUGGCAGGUCUACUCGUUCGGUAGGCUCAGAGUGA